CUUUCUUCGGGGCGCACAGGCUAUUUAAAGGUCCGCGCCCCUGCCACCUCGGAACGGUUCCUGGCAGGGGUCUGUGAAGCUCAGCAAUGGCCAACCACGUCGUGCUCUACACCGGCGCCAAGAUGCCCAUGCUGGGGCUGGGCACCUGGAAGUCCUCUCCAGGCCAGGUGACUGAGGCUGUGAAGACAGCGAUUGACAUCGGGUACCGCCACAUUGACUGCGCCCACGUGUACCAGAAUGAGCAGGAGGUGGGAUUGGCUAUCCAGCAGAAGCUCAAGGAGAAGGUGGUGACACGGAAGGAGCUCUUCAUCGUUAGCAAGCUGUGGUGCACGUACCAUGAGAAGAACUUGGUGAAAGAAGCCUGCAAGAAUACGCUCAGGGACCUGCAGCUGGACUACCUGGACCUCUACCUUAUUCACUGGCCGACAGGCUUUAAGACUGGGAAGGAAUAUUUUCCACUGGAUGAAGCAGGUGACGUGAUUCCUAGUGACACAGAUAUUUUGGACACAUGGGCGGCCAUGGAAAAGCUGGUGGAUGAAGGGCUGGUGGCAGCUAUUGGCAUCUCCAACUUCAACCAUCUCCAGAUUGAGAGGCUCUUGAACAAACCUGGCUUAAAGUAUAAGCCAGCGGUUAACCAGAUUGAGUGCCACCCAUACCUAACUCAGGAGAAGUUAAUCCUGUACUGCGAGUCUAAAGGCAUUGUGGUGACUGCCUAUAGCCCUCUUGGCUCUCCUGACAGGCCCUGGGCCAAGCCCGAUGACCCAUCCCUCUUGGAGGAUCCCAGGAUCAAGGCGAUUGCAGCCAAGCACAAUAAAACCACAGCCCAGGUUCUGAUCCGGUUCCCCAUGCAGAGGAACUUGGUGGUGAUCCCCAAGUCUGUGACACCUGAACGCAUUGCUGAGAACUUUCAGGUCUUUGACUUUGAACUGAGCAGCGAGGAUAUGACCACCUUACUCAGCUUCAACAGAAACUGGAGGGUCUGUGCCUUGAUGAGCUGUGUCAACCACAAGGAUUACCCCUUCAAGGAGGAGUUUUGAAGCUGUGGAUGCCUGUUCUUCCCAAGUGACCUAUACCUGUUUUUCCUGCCUCAUCUUCCUUGCAAAUAUAGUACGGCCUCAGCAAGCUGCAGGCUGAACAGUGAGGGCUUGUCUAGCUUGUUGUUGGGUCUGAAGAGCAGUAUCAGUAGAGUAAAAGCCUUUUCCAGUUUUCUUUGCCGUUUGUGCCCAGAUGGGGAAAAUAAAACCUGAAAAAUAUCCUUUUCUGACCAAGGAGAAGCAAAAUCUAUAAAGUCGAAAUAGUGCCACUAACAGAGUUUUGACUCUUGAAACUGUAAUCCUUUUAGUCAGAUGAAUCUUUGCUUCAAAUAAAAAGUGCUUUUCUGAG